UAGCUAACUUCUUUCAAGCUUGAAAUUAUAUGUUAAUAUCGUAUCAAUAGUACUCAAGUCAGCUCAGCUUCGAAUAUGGAUCAAAAAUUUCGAUCCUGUCUUGCAAUCAUUUCCGAGAAAACUAAAAACAUUUUUAUAAUUUUCUAAAUUCUCAGUAGCGACUGACAGCUAGUAUUUGAUCCAGAUGAUGAGCAGUAAUAUUGAUUCUGAUGUAUUGUAUAUUCAGUGAGAAAGCUGUUUCGAGAUUUUGUACUAUGAUUUGUUCAAAUUUAUCAUUUGCGAAAUUAGUUUCGUAUUUUUUAUAAAAUAUAUUUAUGGUUGUGUUUUCUUCGUAAAACAUUCCUACUUGAUUACAAUCCGAAUCCGACUUAACGAUGGGAUUUUCAACAGAUCUUCAAGACGUUUUUUCACAUGAAGCUUUAGUAGGAUUACAAGAUGCUGAAUUAAAACUCUUAGAUAAUAUGAAAAAAUGUGUGUUGCUUCGUGCUAAAUGUGACCGUGAUUAUGCUGCAGCUUUAUCUUUAGUUAGUGCUCAGGCUUUAAAGAUGGACCACUCUAAAGAAUUAGAAGGCAGCUUUAUUGCUAGCGCCUGGUAUGCUAUAUCUGAAGAAAUGGAAACAACUAGCAAAAUAAUCCGAAGAAAUGCUGAUAGCUUGACUUCUGCUACAGUUGAAUCUAUUAACAGUUUAAUAUCAGAAAAACGAGCCCUCAAAAAAAUUUAUGUAGAGGAGCAUGAUACUUUGCAUAAAGAGUUAGCUAGAUUGCAAAAUGCUGUAGAUUCCAUGAAAACUGAAUAUGAGAAAUUGUUGGAAAUGUGGAAAGAGGCUAAAGCAAAAUAUGAAGAACAUUACAUAAAAGGUAAAGGAGCAAAAAAAGUGGAAGAGGCAAAAGAGCGUUAUCAGAAAGUUGCGAAAAAACUUCAUGUCUUGCACAAUGAUUUGGUUCUUACUCUUUGUGAAGCAUCAGAAUAUGAAAGACAUUUUCGGACAACUUUGUUGCCUGGACUUUUGUAUUAUCAACAGAUUGUAAUGGAAGAUUCAGCUGAAACAUGGAAAUCCAUUUUGCAGGAGUUUUUUGAAAUCAUCAAUCCUAUCUCUGAACAAAUGCAGGCAGUUCAUUCUCGAAUGAGCAAAAGCAUUGAAGUGAUUGAUAGUAUUGAUGAAUAUAAUGACUUCAUUCGCAAAAAUCGGUCUGAUCCUCUUCCAUCAAUAGAGUUCAGGUAUGAUGCUUCCCUUUUAAGAGAGAUUACAGGACCAUUAAGACCUAAUGAAUUGAUUGCUGAUGAUUAUACUAUAGAGUGCCUUCGUGACAAAAAGUGUGAUCUGGAAUCAAAGCUUGGAAAAUGUGAAAGAGAGCUACUAAGAAAACAGGAGGAUUUACAAAAGUAUGAAGAUGAAAUAAAACUGAGUCAAUUUGAGGAACGCGAUUGCACAAAACUUAGAGUUAAAAAACGUGCAGUUGACAUUUUAGUGAAGGACCUCAGUCAUCUGCAAUGCAUUGAACACAUUUUAAAUGUACAACUUCAUCUCAUCAAUUUUUCACUUUCGUGUAUAGAGAAUGACAUACCAUUUCAAGGCAUGGAACUAGAUGAGUCAAAAGCUACCUCUAAAAAUGUUCCAAGUGAACAGAAAGAAGAAUCUACUAUUACAUUGGGAAGGAAAUCUAAAUUAAUAAUGGAUAAACUGAAACAGCCUUUCUUUACUCUUAAACAGAAGCAUGUUACUCCAUGCCCACCUUCACCACCAAAUAAAGACUUUUUAGAUAAUGUUGUUGAAAAUGAAAGAAAUCCUUUUAAAAGAGAAAUAAAAGACACAAGCUAUCAAACUGAGGACUGGUUUCAUGGUGUUUUGCCUAGGGAAGAAGUUGUUAGACUCCUUGUUAACGAUGGGGAUUUCCUUGUCCGUGAAACCAUUCGGAAUGAUUCAAAACAGCUGGUUUUAUCAGUGUGUUCUCAAGGAUACAAACAUUUCAUUGUUCACAUGACUAGUGACAGAAAAUAUCGAUUUGAGGGACCAAGUUUCAAUACCAUUCAGGAGCUUAUCAUGCAUCAAUUUCAAUCUGGUCAACCUGUUACUAUGAAAUCUGGAGCAAUACUGAGACGACCCAUUCCACGUGAAAGGUGGGAGCUUAAUAAUGAUGAUGUGGAUCUCAUUGAAAAGAUUGGAUCUGGUAAUUUUGGAGACGUUUACAAAGCUCAGUUAGCUGAUUAUCCUGAGGAAGUGGCUGUCAAGACUUGUCAUGUAAAUCUUCCUGAUGUACAAAAGAGAAAGUUUUUACAAGAGGGCCGCAUAUUAAUGGACUAUGAUCAUCCAAAUAUUGUUAAAUUUAUAGGAAUUUGUGUUCAAAAGCUGCCAUAUAUGAUAGUAAUGGAACUCGUACCAGGUGGCUCUUUACUAAACUACUUACAGCGACAUAAUGAAAGCUUAUCUCAGAAUCAACUACUUUCUUUUUGCAUUGAUGCAGCUGCAGGCAUGGAGUAUCUUGAAAGUAGGAGUUGCAUUCAUAGAGAUCUGGCUGCAAGAAACUGCUUGGUUGGGACAAAUAAUGUAGUGAAAAUAUCAGACUUUGGGAUGUCACGUGAAACAAUAGAGUAUGUUGUGACUGAUGGCAUGAAACAGAUACCCAUUAAAUGGACUGCACCAGAAGCUUUGAAUUAUGGCAUUUAUACAACUAUGUGUGAUGUUUGGAGUUAUGGCAUUCUGAUGUGGGAAAUCUUUUCUUUGGGAAGUGUUCCUUAUCUUGGCCUUUCCAAUAACAAAGCUGCAGAAUUAGUGGAAAAUGGUUAUCGUUUGCAUGCUCCUGACAACACCCCACCUACAGUAUAUGAGCUUAUGUGCAAAUGUUGGGAAUACGAACCUCAAAAACGACCUCAUUUUUUAGAAAUACACUCUUCUCUUCGGGCAUUUGCCAAUGCUGUUGCAUUAAUGGAGGACUCUUCAGAUUCAUAAGUAUAUACUUAAACAGUACAAAACAUCUUCGCUUCAGCUGCUGACGAAUUGGGUUUGGAAAAAUAUAAUCUAUAUACAAUUUAACUUACAAAUAAAUUACUGUAUUGCAUGUAAUUUUUAUUAACACAUGUGUCUUGAUGGUGCCUUUGACUGUGAUAAGUAUAAAUAAUACUCGCAUUUUGUAAUUCGAAGUUGCCAAAGAAGAAAUAUUUUGCAUGUGCAUCAAGCAUUAAUUUUUAAAAUUGUAGAGUUAUAUAAAAAAUUUUAGUGGCAGUAUGAUUUUACAUAAGAAUUAAUAGAUUUAUUAAAUUUGAUUUGAUAUAAUUUGCAGGCUUGGUCGUUUGAUUGUUUUUGUGAGUUUAAAAUUUGAAAGCUGCUCAUAAUAUGUUUAGAUAAAGACUCACUUUUUUGUUGUGCGGAUGCGUGUUUGGUUGGAUAGAUAUAUUUUUAAUGUUUAUAAUUAGUGAUACUUUUGUUUCAAUAGAGUGAAAUUUUUAUCAUAAUAUUUACUAUACAUUCCAUGAUUUAAUUAAUUGAUUUUAGAAAUUUAAUUUAUUUUAAUCAUAAUUUCAUCCCAAGUGAUUUUUACAUUUUUCAUUGCUUAUAUGUUUUUAUUUUUUAAUGCUAGAACCAUAAUGUUCUUGAUUUUGGAACAAUGGCAUGACGAUAUUGUAUAAGCUAGUGUGCACCUAGUUCUUUGAGGUUAGAUUUUUAAAUUGUGCUUUUUUAGAUAAAUAUAGAAUUUCAGCUUUCUAUUUCUAUAAAUUUUUCUAUCAAUGCUCUAUUUAAAAUAUUGCAUUAUAUCCUAAUCUGUUUGUUUGUAGCAACUCUAUUAAAAUAUAAAAAAGAAAACAAAGUUCGUGCAGAAUCGGGUGGUGAUAAAAUUUGUUUUGAUGAAAAUGAUACAUUAUUUUUUUUUUUUAUUUCAAUCAAAAUGUAAAGUUAAUCUAAAUGAAAUGCUUUCUAAAAAGAUUUAAGUUGUUAUUUUUUAUUUUAGAAAUUAAAAUAAAAAAUUUGGCGAUUUCUUAAUGCUAAUUUUUGAUGACUUUGAAAAAUAUUGCUUUUUGUGUCCGACAAUUUUCUGUGGGUUUUCACGCCAAGUCUGUCUAAUAAUUCUCUCUUGCUAUCCUAAGCCUCUGGGAUGGUCUUAAUUUCAGCAAAGGUGAUCAACAUUUAAAUAGACCUUUGUCUGUAAACAACUGAUUAUUUAGUGCUUAUUCGGUUAAAUUUAAAAUUGAUGAUGUAGUUACAUUAAAAUAGUUCCUCAAAUAAGUGAGUUAAUCCCGAGACAAAAUAUUUUUAAUAAAAUAAAAGUAAUAGAAAAGAGUUAUGAAUGUUUUUUCCCCUUAACUCUAAUUUAUAUUCUACCAAAAUAAACAUUUUUUUUGAUAUUUUUAUAAUAAUUAUUUACAAAUAAAAAUAUUUAAUUCAAUCAAGAUGAAUAAAUUGCAUUUUUCAAUUAAAACUAAUUUUGACUUUGUUAUGUAUCUUUUAAAAUAUCAUAGCUAAUAUUUUAAACUAAAAAAAUAAUCAAAAUCAUAGCCUUUUCUAUUUUGUCAGAUUUUAUGAAACUAAUCUAUAUAUUUUUGCAUUUUAAUAAUGUAACUUAACUUUUCAAAAUGUUAUUAAAAAAUAAGUGGAAGAGCUUAUUUUAAAAAAGAAAUAAAAGAAUGUAAGAGAACUUAUUGAAUGAAAAUAAAUAAUCACAUAAAAUUUUUGUUUCAAGCUACGAAAAAAAUUUUCAGAGUUAGCUAUUGAUACUUCUAAUUUUUUUAAUUUUAAAUGUUUUUUUUUUUACCAAAGGUGUCUUUAACAUAAUUUUUAUUCUUUCUUUGUUAUUUGCGGUAAGAAAAUAUUAUUUCUCUAUCUAAAUUGUCAUUUCCUGUACCUGUUAUAAUUAUUUGUAAUUUUUUUCCCUGUAUAUUUUUAUUUACACAUUCCAAUUUUUCUUAUUCUCUACUAAAGAUAGCAAUAAUUUUUUUUUCUGUAAUUGUUGCUAUUAAUUGAUUUUUCAACAAAUUUUAGAUAUUUUAAAAUUUAAUCAUUAAUCAAGCACGAUCUGUGUUUAUUUUUAAAUAAUUUUUGAUUGAUAUGCAUUGUUGUUAUGAAUACAUGCCUGUAAAAUAAUUAUUUUCAAUAUGUGAAAGAAAAAUAAUCUGAUAAUCAAAAAUUCACAAAAUCUGAACAUGAAAAUCUUCUUUUCCUGAUUUUUAUUUUUAUUUAUUAUCCUUCACUUCUUCAACCUACCUCACCCAAAGUGCACUGUCAACACUUAUUAGUUGCUGCCAAUAUAAAUACAUAAAACAUUUUAUGAAUUAAUAUUUUUAAAAAAAGAAUUUUGAACUUAUAAUAAGAGGCUUACUGUUUCAGAUAACCAUACUUAUAUUGACACAUAAUUUUGUGGCCAUUUGAAAUUAUUAAUCUCAAGGUUAUUACAAAGCUAUUACAAGGUAUUAAUCUCAAGGUUAAAAGUUUUAGUUAGGUUUUAUUUUUUAUUCUAGUUGCAUAUAUAUUUAGGUAGAGAGGUGAGGAAU